GGACAACUUGCAUUUACCUUGAAGUUAUGUGAGCGCCGCAGUCCAAGCACUUGCUGCUGACCCUCUCUCCAUUCACCAACCCGCAACCGCAUACCCACUCAGCCAUGGUCCGCCUCUCGACCUAUGUCGCCGCUACGGCCGCGCUGGCCCUGAAUGCGCAUGCCGAGAGCAUGUACAGCAAGAAGUCCGGCGUCCUCAACAUCGGAGGCACCGACUACGACAGAGUCAUUGCCAAGUCCAACUACACUUCGAUUGUCGAGUUCUACGCGCCUUGGUGCGGCCACUGCAAGAACCUCAAGCCCGCCUACGAAAAGGCCGCACAGUCCCUCGCCGGCAUUGCCAAGGUCGCCGCCGUGAACUGCGAUGAGGAGAUCAACAAGCCCUUCUGUGGGCAGAUGGGUGUCCAGGGUUUCCCGACUCUUAAGAUCGUACGACCAGGCAAGAAGCCAGGAAAGCCCAUUGUCGAGCCCUACGAUGGUCCACGCUCGGCCAAAGCCAUUGUAGACGCUGUGAAGGACAAGGUCCCCAGCAUCGUCAAGAGGGUGACCGACAAGAACCUGGACGAGUGGCUGCAGGAGAACAAGAGCGGCGCGAAGGCCAUCCUUUUCAGCGAGAAGGGUGUAGUCAGUGCAACUUUGAAGGCUCUUGCCAUUGAUUUCGCUGGCAUCGUCUCCGUGGCCCAGAUCAAGAAGUCCGAGAAGACGGCUGUUGAAAAGUAUGGCGUUACCGACUUCCCGUCUCUUAUCCUCGUGCCGGCUGGUUCGGAAGAGCCCAUCAAGCACAAGGGCAAAGUCGAGAAGGAUGCCAUGGUCAAGUUCCUUUCCCAGGUCGCGCCACCGAACCCUGACUGCCCUGGUCCAAAAGAGAAGAAGCCCAAGGCUAGUAAGAAGGAUGCCAAGAAGGAAUCGAAGUCUUCCAGCAAGUUCGCCAAGGCAUCGGGUUCUCACAAGUCUGCCGACGCCUCAUCGGCUGCUGCAUCUGCUACGGAUGAGACUGUCGAGGAGCCCAUCGCCGCGACAGAGUCUCCCGACCCUAAUGUCAAGACUGAGGACACCCCAGACCCGGUCGAACUGCCUAUUGAAGAGGCCAAGCCUUCUGUACCCUCUAUUGCAGAUGCUGCCGAACUCCAGGCUCUCUGCCUCAACGAGCAGGCUAAGACUUGUAUCCUGGCUAUCUUGCCCCCAGACGAUGCUUCUGAUGCUGCCAUGUCUGCCAUGUCCGUCAUUACCACGUUGGGAGCCAUUCACAAGAAGCACGGCGCCAAGCUCUUCCCCUUCGUCAUCGUCCCUCCUUCAAACCCACUCGCAGAGACACUUCGUUCCGAGCUUAGCCUCGGCGUCGAUGACACUCUUGAUCUUAUCGCGACUCACGGCAAACGUGCCUGGUACAAGAAGUACCCUGGCACUAAAUUUGGCGCCAAAGACGUUGAGACGUGGGUCGAUGCCAUCCGCAUGGGUGAGGGUAAGAAGGAGAAGCUUCCCGAGACAUUGAUUGCAUCUGGAACUCAAGAGACCGUCAAGGAGAAGGUUGCCGAGCAGGAGCCAAUUCAAAUCAAUGUUGAGGAGAUUGUUGAUGAUUUACCCGAGCAUAGUGAGCUUUAGAGACUUCUUAAAUGGGCAUUGUACAUUUAGCAUAGUAGCUUGAGCGAAUGUAGGGGAGGCGCAGGAUUUAUGACCUCUGAAUACAAGACUUUUAGCGAUUCAAUGACUUCAAGUUUUCGGUCUUCGUAAGCAAAUGGACGUCUGAGAUACGUCUUGACAUGUUCAACAAGACUCAUAAUCGAAC